ACUUGUAGCCUGUGGGUUUCUCUUGGAUUCUUGCAACGCAAUUCUGCUUAUAAACUUGCAAGAAGUUUUAUGGGAUUAUUUUCAAAUUUCCUUUGUUUUUCAGAUUUUCAGAGGAAUUUGGCCCCAGCAGCUCCUACCCUGUCCUGGUCACCUUCUCACCAAAUUCUCGUCAAAGGAGAAUAUAUCGAAUUAAUAUGUUCCCCACCAGAAGGACAGGAGGGAGAGAAAUACUUCUUCGAUCGCAUGAAUGAAAAGGGUGACUGGAAGAGAUAUCAAGAACAGAUCAGAAAUACUCUGCUCAUUCCUGCAUUGCGAAUGGGUCCAAAAGCAAUAUUUUCUUGUUCUUACAUGGGGAAAACCAGGGAAGGCAGAAGAGCUCUGUCUCGAAUGAGUAAUUGGGGUGAAUUCUCUGUCAUCGAGCUUCCACCAGCUCCCAUCCUUUCUCCAGAUCCUCCAGAACCCCUUUAUCUGGUUGGGGAGAACAUUACCCUCUGGUGCUCAACUCCCAACCUCCUUCUUCAAGGCCGGAGACGCUACCAGUUUUCCCACACAAGGCAAAACGAGGAUCAGCCCUCUAUAAAAGAUCUGGAUUGGCACGAAGGCAACAUCUCCCUGGUCCUCACAGCCACAAGGGAAGAUUCUGGAUUAUAUAAAUGCCGGUACCUAGAAUGGAAAUAUGAGAGAAACAUCUCUUCCAAGUGGAGUCGUCCGGUCUCAAUUGUGGUGAGAGAUCCUCUGCCUCCCCCAGUGUUGAAGCUGGACCCUCCUUCUGGAUCCCUGAGGGAAGGCAAAGUCCUGUCCAUCCUGUGUUUGUCCAGCGAGAGCAACAACGCCAAAAGGUUCCAUUUCUCCCAGAAUGGUGUGGAGAUGACCUCCAGCAAUGAAGAGCCUGUGAAGAGCAGCAGGGACUCUGGGCUUCUUACUCUAAAUAUGUCGGUAGCUUUGCUAUGUGCCAAAGAUAACGAAAGCCUGCAAUUUGCUUGCAGAUACGAGGAAAACAUAAAUGGGCGCUGGAUCAUGUCUCCUUGGAGCAAGACGUUGAAUAUCACAGGUGGGUCUUUUCAGGAGGUGGAGGCAUCUGCUGCCCAAAUGCAGAAGGAACACUUUGCAACACCUGAUUUAACUAUUUAUUAUACACAUUAUAUAACUGGCCUUGUGCUGGAGCACAGAGGUUAG